AAAAUUUGAUGAAAUAAAUAUAAAACAUGUGUGUGUUGCUUUAAGUUUAGUAUGACAUAACUGUAAAUUGAUUGAACUUUAUUUCAAAACAUUCUGCAAAAUUCUAACCUGUUAUAAUCAUGUCGUCGCAUUCACCUGCACGAGGACGUAGUAUCUCUGUAAUUGAUACCUCUUCAUCGGCUGAUCAACAAUCAUCCGCAACUUCAGCGAAGAAACAGCGUCGAUUAUCGUCAUUUUUACAUUUACAUAUGCCAAGUAGUAUUCACGAUAGUGGUAUACGUAGUGCUGGUAUAACACCAGAUAAAAGUUUAUCGGCAUCAGUAUCUUCACAACUUCAAUUCUUGCAUAUACCAACAGUAUCCAUAACAAGUCCCAAUAAUGAGAAUAAUAAAAGAUUUAUUUUUGGACUUGGUCUACGAAGGCAUUCGAAUGUGACUUUGCACAAAAGCGAGUCAAUGGUUUCGUUGUGCUACCGUUCAUUGGCUGGUUUUAUUGUUGAUAAUAAUUUACAAGCGUUACACGCAUUUUUAGAAAAUAAACAAAUACUUAUUGAUGAUCGAGAUGAGAAUGGCACAACUGCACUUAUGUUGGCAGCCUCUAAGGGCCGAAUACAAUUUGUUCGAGACCUUUUGGCGCACGGAGCCGAUGCAAACGCAGAAGACAAUGAUGGAUGGACUGCACUUAAAUGUGCGGCAAAAGAAGGUCAUGCAGAUAUAUGCGCUUUAUUAAUACAACAUGGAGCCCAAUUAGAGCAUCGCGAUUCAGGAGGAUGGACUGCUCUGAUGUGGGCAUCGUACAAAGGACGCGUCGAUGCCGUUCAAUGUUUAAUUGAACAAGGUGCUGAUGUCAAUGCGCAUGGAAACUAUCAUAUAUCAUCGUUAUUAUGGGCAUCCGGUCGUGGUUAUACACGUAUUGUACAAAUGCUGGUAUCUAAUGGUGCAAAAAUUAAUGUUGGCGAUAAAUAUGGUACCACAGCAUUAGUUUGGGCUUGUCGUCGUGGGCACUAUGAAAUUGUCGAUUGUUUAUUAAAAUCUGGAGCUAACGUUGACACUGCUGGAAUGUAUUCAUGGACCCCACUUCUAGUAGCCAGCAUGGGAAAUUACGUUGAUGUCGUAAACCGAUUGUUAGAGCACAAACCAAAUGUAAACGCAUUAGAUAAAGAUGGAUGCACUGCCCUAACAAUUGCUUGUAAAGAAGGAUACCAUGAUAUUGUUGUAGCUUUAUUAAAUGCUGGUGCAUAUAUUAAUAUACAAGAUCGAGCUGGGGAUACAAAUUUAAUACACGCUGUCAAGGGAAAUCAUCGAAGUGUAGUCGAAGCAUUGUUAAAAAAAUAUGCAGAUGUUGAUACACCUGGAAAAGAUCGAAAAACAGCCAUAUACAACGCAGUGGAAAAAGGCAAUGUGCAAAUAGUGAAAAUUUUAUUAAAUGCCAAUCCAGAUUUAGAAAUAGCAACCAAAGAUGGAGAUACUCCACUUUUACGUGCUGUUCGAAUCCGCAAUGCAGAAAUAGUUCAAGUACUGUUAGAUAAAAAAGGUAAAGUAUCUGCGGCGGACCGAAAAGGUGAUACAGCAUUACAUGUUGCAAUGCGAGCACGUUCAAAAGCAAUUGUUGAAAUUUUAUUACGUAAUCCGAAACACAGUCAACUAUUAUAUCGGCCAAAUCGACAAGGUGAAACACCUUAUAAUAUUGAUUUAAGUCAUCAAAAAACCAUAUUAGGCCAAAUAUUCGGCGCCAGACGUUUAAAUACUAAUGAAGAUAAUGAAAAUAUGCUUGGCUAUGACUUAUACAGUAGUGCAUUAGCUGAUAUUUUGAGUGAACCGUCGCUUAGUAUGCCAAUAACUGUUGGUUUAUAUGCAAAGUGGGGCAGUGGAAAAUCAUUUUUGUUAAAUAAAUUACGUGAUGAAAUGAAAAAUUUUGCAAAACAAUGGAUUGAACCAAGUUUUCAAUUUUCGUUUGUUUUAUUUUUGGUUCUAUUGCAUAUUGCAUUAAUUAUUGGAGCUAUUAUUGCCGUUUCAAGUGGAAAUUGGGUUGCAGCUGUUAUAACAAGUAUUGGAUUUAUUAUUUUAGUCCAUACAUUACUAUGGCUUACACAAUAUUUAAGCCAAAAACAUGAUUGGGAUUGGACAUAUAAUUUUAAUGUUGCAUUGACAAAAAAACUUAAUUCCUUCAAAUUGGUGUUGCAAAUAAUGUUUUGCCAUCCACCAGGACCUCAAAGUAGCGAUGGAUUAACUGCACAACCAAUAAGAUUUUAUUUUACUGAUCAAACGCGUAUUAGUAGCACAACCAGUGGCGAAAAUUCUGUUGUACAAAUGAUUGGAUCUUUAUAUGAAGCAAUUGAAUCUGAUUAUGGCACAAUGUCCACAAGAUUGUAUCGUGCAUUUCGACCUAAAGCAGUAAAAGAAAAUUCAGGAUGGCGCUGGAGAAAACUAUGUUGUUUACCAUAUGUAGCAAUAUUUGAAAUAAGUUUUAUUAAUUUUGUAAUUGGUGCUUGUGUUUUGACGUUGUAUUUAUUAAAAAUAAGUGAUAAAAUGACAACUCAAAUUAUUUUAAUAACAAUAGCUUUGCUAUUGGGCUUUGCAAUUGUAGCAAAUUUAUAUACAUGGGCACGUAUGCUAAAAGCUUUAAUGUUUUCACAACGUCGACACUUACAAAGAUCUAUUUCAAAUUUGGAAACAUUAAAAUCUGAAGGAUUUUUACAAGUAUUACGAUCUGAAGUUAAUUUAAUGACCGAUAUGAUUAAAUGUUUAGACCGUCUAACAUCACAACAAACUCGACUUGUAAUUAUUGUUGAUGGGCUUGAUAGUUGUGAGCAAGAUAAAGUAUUAUUGGUAUUAGAUGCCGUACAUAUGCUAUUUUCGGAUGCAAAUAGUCCAUUUAUUAUUAUUUUAGCAAUAGAUCCACACGCAAUAUCAAAAGCCGUCGAAGUAAAUAGUCGACGAUUAUUCAGUGAAAGCAAUAUUGGGGGUCAUGAUUAUUUACGCAACAUGGUUCAUUUACCAUUCUACUUACAAAAUUCUGGUUUACGACGUGUAAAAAUUGCACAACACACUGCACAAUCACAUCGUCGUACAACAGUCACAGGCGCUACAUCAGGUGUUGAAGAUAGUGGGCCAGGUCCGAGUACACUUGGUAGAUCGGUAUCAAGUCGUCGUCUAUCAUCAGAAAGUGGUUUAAUGUCUAGUUGUGAAAAAUUAAAACCACCUCCACCGCGAAAAGGAUCAAGAAAAUUAAAAUUAUCAGAAUCGAUAGCCAGUUCAAUUGGUUCAAAUUUAAAUCGUAUUGGUGGUGCUCAUGAUUUGACUAAGAUGCUUUUAACUGAUGAUUAUUUUAGUGAUGUUAAUCCAAGAAGUAUGCGUCGAUUAAUGAAUGUUGUAUACAUAACUGGCCGUCUAUUAAAAGCAUUUCAAAUUGAUUUCAAUUGGUACCACCUUGCUAGUUGGAUUAAUAUUACAGAACAAUGGCCAUUUAAAACGUCUUGGAUUAUAUUGUAUCAUGAGAUGCAUGAAGAGGAAUUAGAUGAUAAUGCCCCAAUCAAAACACUUUAUGAUAAAAUUCGACCUCGUAUACCAACAUCAAAAGAUAUCGAACCGCUAUUAGAAUUAGAUAGAGAUGAACGUAAAUUUGAUAUAUUUUUAACAUUCCAUCGUUCGUCAUUAUUAAUAAGCGAUUUGAAAAUAUUUUUACCAUUUACCAUCAACUUAGAUCCUUAUAUUAAAAAAGUUAUUAAAGAUGAACAACAGUCUCUAGACGACGAAGGUCUUACAAUGAAUAUGCAUUUACAGAAACAGCACAUAUUAAACACAGCUAUGACAAAUUCAAACUCAUCGUCAAUACAACAUUUUAAUAAUUAUCCUACGAAUAAAUCAUUUCAAAAAAGAUCAAACACAAAAUCUUAUCUGAAUUCAAAUUUUUCACAAAAUUCAGACAUGUUAUAUCAAAAUCAACCUAGACUUCUUAAUCGUGAACCAUGGAAUACAUCUAUCUCACCAUGGACUUAUGGAAAUUAUGAUAAUAGAUUAGCAAAUACUGUUUAUAGGAUACCACCGGCCAUAGCCAAUAAUUUACCGCAAGAUAUACUUCGACUUCCUCUAUCGAAAUUGUCUGUGGACGGUGUAUGUAAUUUAAUAAAUAAAAUGGAAGAGAUUCAACCAAAUUCUAGACCAAAUUAUAUUGAUGUGAUAAAAGAAAACAAUAUAAAUGGCCGAGUAUUAAUUAGCUGUGAUUUAGAUGAAUUAAAAAAAGUAUUAAAGAUGAAUUUUGGUGAUUGGGAAUUAUUUCGUAUGGCUGUAGUAUAUAUGAGAGAAAAAGAGUUACUCGUUGACGAAGGAGAAUACGAAUCAAAUGAUUCGAAAGUACCUAGACAUUCUACUGAACGUCCAUCAUCAAGACAUAGUACAAGCGGCAUUCGUUCGGGGAGUGGUGAUAAACCUAACAUUACACAAACCGAUUCAAGUAAUCUAAUACCUUCCACAAAUCGUAACAAUAAAUCGACCGUAGAAAAACAGGUCUCACUAGAAGAGCAAAUGAUUUGUGGUGCUUUGCAAACGCUAAAUGAAGAAGCGUGUGAGGAUGUUCUUGAAAAUGGUGGCGAUACAAUUAGUUCACAUAGUUCGCAAUAUGAGGAGUCUCCUGUUGUACCCCCUGUCAUCAUAACAGAUUCAUCACCGGUAGUCGAAACGUCUAUAAAUCCAAAACCAGAUAAUUGCGAUUAUUAUGAACAAAAUGAAAUUUCACAUUAUAAUCGAUUUCAAAUUGGAUCGGAAUCUAAUAAUGUUAUUAUAAACCCGUCACAAAAAUUAAAAUCCGUUACAUUAGCGUCUAGCUUAGAGAAAUUAGUGACGAUAAAAGACAAUUUAUUAAAUAAAGCUAGUAUGAAACAUUUUGAAGAGUCAUGUAAUGAUGAGGAAAAUACUGAUGAAAGUACUCCGUUAGUUAUGAAUAUUGACGUGAUUGGAAGUGGAAUGGCAGAUGAUAGUUCAAAUAUUUCAUCAUACACACCAAGUCAAGAUUUACCUGAAUAUCAAGUAUUAACAGUUGGUCAAAGUCAAUCAUCGAGUAGUAUUGAAAUAAAUCGACAAGAAUUAAAGUUAUCUAAUGCAGUUGAAAUUAAUCUAUGGGAUGAUCCUGAAACAACUGUUUAACUUAUAAAAUCGCUACAUUUUCUUUGACUAUUUUAAUCAGUAUUGACAUUGUGUUUGUUCUUAUAU